AUGUGCAACUCUUCGACUCCCUUCCAUCACCGCGACUUUUUUGACCACCGCGCCCACUUGUCACCAUCGUUCAACCAGUUCGUCAUCGUCAGCGUUGACUCUACCAAUUUUAAUUACAUAAAAUACUACGAUUAUGGAUAUCUUAUCAGUUUCAUACCUGCAGGUGUAUUGUCCACCAUUUAUCCAGCUCACAAUAUUUUUGGGAUUUCUGUCAUCAUUUCGUCGAUCGGUUAUUUAAUCGCAGUCAUAAGUAUAUUAUGUUACGUAAACGCACACGUGCAUUUCGUCUUACAAUUUAUUAUGGGAACGGCUUUGACCGUGGCAUUUAUAUCAAUUGACAGGGUUUGGACGUAUUGGGUUCCACUGGAUAAGCAGACAAUACGUCACGUUCCAAUAGUACUGUACGUUUUGGUAAACAAAGGCGGAUAUUUUUACUACAGCCUUAUCGAACUACACCACAUAUAUUCAUCUUAUACUUUAACUCUACCUAUGGGAAUGAUCGGGUUGGCUUGGUACGUUUUGUGGUUCUACAUGAUCAAUGGUAACCUAUUUCGGGACCCGAACCUCGAUAUCAUUUUAUUUGGAGGUUCCAACAGCCGGCGAUAUUCUUUUGAAACGUCUGGCGUUUCGUUAAUCCGUUCAAUGGUGUCGGACAUACCGUGGAAAUCGCUGUAAACUUCUAAGCCCAUCCUCGUGAUUGGUCUAUUAUACGUGUGUAAUAUUCAAAUAAUUAAUAGAAAAGCAGAUGGUGAUUUCUACGCUACCGCAAUUAAUGAAUGGAAUAUGAGAACAUACACUAUUAUUAUAUUGCUUCUCGUCGUCGUCCUGGUCGAAUUAGUUCCAGAGAUUAUUAUAUCAACUUCCACCACCAGCAUCAGAAAGUUUUGGACUUGCUUAUAUUUUGGUUUAAUGAGCAUAUAUUUUUUCAUGGAAGCAAUUAUCGGCAACACUUUAGAAACCAAUAAAAUGUUACAUUUUGUGCUUAUAGAAAUAGAAUUUCUUUAUACUUUUGGAUUCUACUUAAACCAUUUGGAUAUCGCGCCAAUCUAUGCCAGCUUACUUUAUAGUCUUCUGUUUAGUAUGCAUUAUAUUUCAAAUUUAUUUUGGGAAACAGUCCUAAAAACAAUAAUCAAUUCUAGGAUUCUAGACGAAGCCAGAAUUGACAUGUUUAUGGCAAUAGUAUGUUUGGCGAUGGCAAUGCCCUAUGCUAUUUUCGCAUCGGCGGAAAUUCCAACAUGGACAGCAGAUAAACCAGUAGAAGAAAAUCAACAAGAUAUAAUUGAAAAUGACGACCUACUAUCUGUGUGACUAUGUAAAAGACGAAUAAAAUACAUUUAAUAUUGUAAACAAUACACAUUAGAUGCACUUUAAUAAGUCAUUUAGGUAAUAAAGAUAAUACAAUUAUGUAUUAUUAGUGUUGUUAUUUUUAAUUUCUGUUUAUUAUCAUCUAUGUGUAGGACCAACAAUAUUAUCGCAAAUAACCAAGUAUUUUAUAAAGUAAAUUUAUACUGAUGAAUAAUAACAAUUAAAAAGAA